AUGGCUGCCGCAAACGCUGUCACGCUUAUGCAGUAUCUGCAAACAGCUCUGCCAGCGCUUAACCCGGGACCUAACGUGCAACCUUCUCCGAACACAACCAAUGAUGCAUACAGUCAUCGACAAAUUAGAAAUCUAACUCCUUGGAACAGCUUCGAUCCUCAAGUUAUUUUCAAUAGAUAUGGUGCUCUUCUGAAUACUGCACAAAUCGCCCCCGAGCCAGCGACCACGCCACCUAGACCGAUCACUUCGGAGGAUGUUUUGAGACAGAGGCUCGCCGUGUAUCUUAACCCAAGAGUUUACCGUGCUCUUCGCUCAGCGUUUCUCACAUUGACGCAGGCGAAUCGGCUGGGUGGUAUGACGGUGGUGACUUUUGACGCCGGAGACUCUGCCGCUCUCAUACAGAAUUUCAGACCUGAUCUUGCUUACUUUGAUGAAACUAUUGCCAACUCGCAAAACCGACCAAAUCGCGCACCCGGUGACGUCAAGGUGUCCUGGAAAUGGAGUAGUGCCAUGCGAAAUAGUCAAAGCCAAAGGGAACAAAAUGAAUUCAAGCAAGUGUUGAGUCAAGUCUAUUAUUAUAUGAAGCAGCACCGUACUCGGUAUGGAUUCGUUAUUUCCAACCGAGAGAUCAUCGCUGUUCGACGUGUGUUCAACAACCAAGGGGUGGAGGAUGAAGGCCACUUGCAGCUUUCGGCUCCUAUCAGCCUUCGAGCAUCAGGAACUGUCGCAGCCCCUGUGAUGACGCCACUUUUGGCCUUAUGGUAUUUGGGAAUGCUCGCUGCGCGGGAUGCAGUGUCUCCCGGAGGAAAUGGAUUUCCCGCAUUGCCGCCUUAUCACGUGUAG